AUGAACCGGCAGCUAGUGAACAUUUUGACAACCUUGUUUGCAUUUUUCUUAGAGACAAACCACUUCAGGGCGGCUUUCUGCAAAGACCAUGACUCCAGGUCUGGAAAACAACCUUCACAGACCCUAUCUCCUUCAGAUUUCUUGGACAAAUUAAUGGGAAGGACAUCAGGAUAUGAUGCAAGAAUCAGACCAAAUUUUAAAGGACCUCCUGUAAAUGUUACCUGCAACAUAUUUAUCAACAGCUUUGGGUCAAUAGCAGAAACUACAAUGGACUACCGAGUGAAUAUUUUUCUGAGACAACAGUGGAACGAUUCACGGUUGGCAUAUAGUGAGUACCCUGAUGAUUCUCUGGACCUGGACCCAUCGAUGCUGGACUCCAUUUGGAAACCAGAUUUGUUCUUUGCCAAUGAGAAGGGGGCCAACUUCCAUGAUGUUACCACUGACAACAAAUUACUUCGCAUUUCAAAAAAUGGCAAAGUACUCUACAGUAUCAGGCUCACGUUGACCUUAUCCUGUCCCAUGGACUUGAAGAAUUUUCCAAUGGAUGUCCAGACUUGUACAAUGCAGCUGGAGAGUUUUGGAUACACAAUGAAUGACCUGAUAUUUGAGUGGUUAAGUGAUGGUCCAGUUCAAGUUGCUGAAGGAUUGACCCUGCCUCAGUUUAUUUUGAAAGAAGAGAAGGAACUCGGCUACUGCACAAAGCACUACAACACUGGAAAGUUUACCUGCAUCGAGGUUAAGUUUCACCUGGAACGCCAGAUGGGAUAUUAUUUGAUCCAGAUGUACAUCCCCAGUUUGUUGAUAGUCAUUCUGUCCUGGGUCUCUUUUUGGAUAAACAUGGAUGCGGCCCCUGCCAGAGUUGCACUGGGCAUAACGACAGUCUUAACAAUGACCACCCAGAGUUCAGGCUCCAGGGCAUCUCUGCCAAAGGUCUCCUACGUAAAAGCGAUUGACAUCUGGAUGGCGGUGUGCCUUCUGUUUGUGUUUGCAGCCUUACUGGAAUAUGCAGCAGUGAACUUUGUCUCCAGGCAGCACAAGGAGUUUCUGAGGCUCCGGAGAAGACAGAAGAGGCAAAAUAAGGAAGAAGAUGUUACUCGUGAAAGUCGCUUUAAUUUCAGUGGUUAUGGAAUGGGUCACUGCCUUCAAGUGAAAGACGGAACAGCUGUCAAGGCCACACCUGCCAACCAGCUCCCACAGCCCCCCAAAGAUGCAGAUGCCAUCAAGAAGAAGUUUGUGGACCGGGCAAAAAGGAUUGACACGAUUUCUCGAGCUGCCUUCCCAUUGGCCUUCCUCAUUUUCAACAUCUUUUACUGGAUCACAUACAAGAUCAUUCGGCAUGAAGAUGUCCAUAAGAAAUAG